AUGGCCUCACUAUAUGAGUCAGUCUUCAACGGCGCCUACCUAGACACCCUCCUCGACAACGGCUACCUCCCGCACUCCGUAAUCCGCAUCGGCAUCCGCCAGCAACUGAAACAACGAAUCGCGGCCAUUGCCUCGACAUCCCUCGAAGAUGGCUUCGAGACGAAGAUGAAAUAUGUGUCGGCUCUUCGCACCAGGCCCAUGGCUAUUGAGACGAAGAAGGCUAACGAGCAGCACUAUGAGGUCGGUACGGGGGUCCUGUCGGCGUGCUUGGGGCCUCGGAUGAAGUACUCCUGUUGUUUGUAUCCGAAGGGAGGGGAGACGCUUGCGCAGGCCGAGAUUGCCAUGCUGGAGAGCUAUGUAGAGAAAGCAGAGCUCAGGGAUGGGCAGAAGGUACUGGAUCUUGGCUGCGGUUGGGGCUCAGCCAGCCUGUACCUUGCCGAGAUCUUCCCCAACUCCGAGAUCACCGCCUUCUCCAACUCGCGCACCCAGAAGCAAUACAUCGACUCCGUCGCCGCGCGCAAAGGCCUCAGGAACAUCACCGUCAUCACAGGCGACGUGGUCGACUAUGAAUUCUCACACGAGACGUACGACCGCGUCAUCUCCAUCGAGCUCUUCGAGCACAUGAAGAACUACGAGCUCCUGAUGGCCAAGGUCGCGCGGGCACUGAAGCCCGGCGGCAAGCUCUUCGUGCACAUUUUCGCGCACAAAAGCACGCCGUACGACUUCGAGGAUGGCUGGAUGACGCAGCACUUCUUCACCGGCGGGACGAUGCCGUCGGCGGACCUGCUGCACUAUUUCCAGCGAGAUCUGUGUCUGCAGCGGCAGUGGUGGGUGAAUGGGAAGCAUUAUGCCAAGACGUGUGAGGAUUGGUUGAGUAAGAUGCUAGACCAUAGGACCGUGAUUUGGCCGCAUUUGGAGGAGACGUAUGGUAGGGAGGGAGUGGUUAGGUGGUGGAAUCGGUGGCAGAUCUUUUACAUGGCAUGUGCGGAGCUGUUUGCUUACGAGGGUGGGGAUACUUGGGGGGUGUCGCAUUACCUGUUCGAGAAGACGGAAAGGUAG